CAACAGCCGUUUAAUGAGGACAGAGAGAAAAGUGCAAUAUGCAAUAUGAUACUUUCUCACUGUCCUCACAGCGAUCUCCAUGCCUGGGAAAGGGUUGGCCCAGCUUUAAUGACUGCUUUGCCUCAAAUUCAGCUCUCUACCAGCCAACAGGGCAGCAUCACUGUGACAGGAGACCCUGAAGUCUAAACCAGGGUCAUGGAGGGCUCUGUGCUGAGCCCCACAUCCUGGGAGAAGAGACGAGCCUGGCUCCGUCAGAGCCGUCACUGGCAGACCCAGGUCCUGGAAGAGGAGGCUGCAGCUGCCCUGCAGGAUGUCCCAGAUCCUGAGCCUUCCAGCCUGGAUGACGUUUUCCAGGAAGGGAAUCCAAUCACUAAGAUUGAGGACUGGCUGCACGACUGUGGCUACUCUGAAGAAGGGUUUUUUGAGGAAGCCGGACAGUCGAUCUACAAUGGGUGCUCCAGCCAGGGAACCAGCUUUGAAGAUGACUUGACGCUUGGAGCAGAGGCCACACUGAUGGCCGCUAAUGGCAAACUCUUCUCCAGGAAUUUCCUGGAGACAGCCCGGCCCUGCCAGCUACUAGAUCUUGGCUGCAGUUUGGCUUCCAGCAGCAUGACUGGUGGGACCAACAAGACUAGUUCAAGCAUCUCUGAGAUUCUGGAUAAGGUGCAAGAAGACGCAGAAGAUGUCCUCUUCAGUCUGGGCUUUGGUCAGGAGGACCACAAAGACACUUCUCGGAUCCCUGCCCGAUUUUUCACCAACCCCUCCCAGGCCAGAGGCAUUGAUUUCCAGCUCUUCCUGAAGGCCCAGGUGCAGAGGAUUGAGAUGGAGGACCCAUGCCUCAUGCUGGCCAGCAGAUUUAAACAGGUGCAAACACUGGCUGUCACUGCUGAUGCCUUCUUCUGUCUCUACUCCUAUGUGUCUAAGACACCUGUCCAAAAGUUCACACCAUCCCACAUGUUCUGGAAUUGCAACCCAACUGAUGUGCCAUCCAUCAAGAUUCUGGCCCCAGAACCUGAACCUCACUCACCCAGAGAUCGCCUCCGGAAAGCCAUCUCCAAAAUGUGCCUAUAUACAUGCCCCCGCGUUCAGUUAUCACCACCCCACAAUACCUCCAAAAGGAACAGUUUGGACCAAGUGGUGUGGGAAGUGAUGGACAGAGUGAGAGGAGAGAAGCUAAUUCUUCAGCAAGACCCUGAGUUUGGACCAGGCUCACAGGAAGGUCCUGUGCCCCCGAUCAGGGGUACAAUGCUGCCUACUUCUUGUUCAUGUGUCCUCUGCCCUAAAGAGGAAACACAGCAGGUCAUGUCCACAGUGUGCGAACCAUUGCAAACUCUGCAUUCUAACCCCAAGAUACCCUGUUGCACACAUUCUCUGCCCAGAGCAAAUCUACAGUGGAGCACAGACCCUGCACAGGUAAAGAGAGAGUUGUGGGGUCUACAGGCCACCAAUAAAGAAGUCCACUUGGUCAAGGAUGAGACUUUCUGGAAAAGGAAGAGCAGAGCAAGGAAGAGCCUGUUUCAGAAGAAUCCCACCGUCAGGAAGGUUAACUCAUUGGAUCUGUCCAUCGUCCGACAGAAAUGGAAGCAGAGCCAAGAGAGACCAGAACUGCGCCGAUCUCUAACCCAUCAGCUGCAGGACACUUUUGACUUGGAGGAGGUGCAAAGCAACAGUGAGGACGAUGAGGAGACACACUGGGCCAGCAGACACACACCCCCUCACCUCUACCAUCAUUUUGUUGGCAAAGACUCAAGAAGCUUUCUCCACCACCACAGUGCAUGCUCUGACAGCAGUGGCUUCGUAGAAGAGCCUAAUUCCCACCUCUUCUUGCAGGAGGUGGUACUGCCUCCAACCUCCAGCUCCUGCUCCCGGACCUUACAAAGUCCUGAGCUCAGUGGGAGGAAGGCAGCAUGGCACACAGGGGAGGAGACCAGACUGAGAGACUUGGAAUCUACGUCCUGAUGCUGUCGUAAACUGAACGCAGAGAGAAAGACCUUAGGCGUGUCUUCAUUCCUCUGUGUGUAGAUUUCUCUACUAUGUAGGUAUUAGAAUACAUAUGGACAGUGGUAAACUGGACAAAGACUUAAUUUUCUCCCAAGUUUGGUUUGACACUGCAUAGGACAGUUAGAAGAUUUAAGGAUGAUGAAGUUUGAGACAACAGUUGCUACUGGAAUGCUCUCAAAGGGCUCAAGCUAAGUGAGGAAGGAAAAAUCCCACUUUCGGGCUCUGAAACCUUGGUGCAACCCACAGUGGAAGUCCCUCUGAGCCUCUACUCAUUCUUAUGGGCUCUCCAUUAAACUCCAGAAUGUCUUCCA